CUUGAUCCCCUUUAAUUCCUUUUCCACUAUAACAACAAAGCAAAGCGCUGUGCUCUUUUGGAAAGCUUCACAAUUUCACAAGACGAAAUGACGCAAAAGCUUAGUGCACGCAUCCGAAAGUUUAUUUCUUGUACUGCAUCAUCAAGACCCCUUGGCACACCAAAUUCUUCAAUGGGAGUGGAUGUAACAGAAGAAUACGCUAAUGCCUUCCGCACCGAAUCCUACCUCGACUUUUGGACACGUGUCGUCACGCUAUCCAAUGCUGAUUCCACCGGCUCCAAGCUUAUUCAAAUGGAGUCGAGAACUGCGGCUCGGCUCCCAUCCUAUCGGCUCUUCGUGGAGCAUCUUUUGGAUCCGGAUCAAACCAUGAUUACUCGGAUCUUGGCACUGACCCGAAACCACCCAAAGAACCAUGCACUUCUAUCCGACUAUUUUACCCAAACCGCAGAUGCUUCCGCCCUGUGUGGUCUCCUACUAAAAGAUAUCGACCGUACACGUGUUAAAUACCGUACCAUCAGAACUACACUUCAGUCUCUAAAUAAAUGUCUAGCUCCUACGACACUAAACCAACUAACCAAAUUCUCUAUUGUUUUAUCUCCCAAACGAAUUCAAAGUAUUCAAGUUAGAUGCUCUGAUUUGUUGAAACGGCUUGAGUUAACUCGCAAUAAGACUCGAGCUAAGCUAAGUCUCACAGGCAAAUUCCAAACCGGAUCGGCUAUCAUCUUGGUGGCAAUAACGACUACACUAAGUGUAAUUGUUGUCACGCAUGCACUUGCACUAGUUGUAGCUGCACCAACUCUUAUAGCAACCUCACUCGACCUGGCUUCGUCGAGGAGACUAGCUAGGAUGGCGGCUCAGCUCGAUGCGGCUACCAAGGGAGCUUACAUAGUAAACAGGGAUUUGGAGACGGUGAGCCGGCUCGUGGCUCGGCUAAACGAUGAGCUUGAGCACAUGCGCGGAAUGGUUCAGUUUUGGGUGGAGCGCGGCGAGGAGGACUGGCUCCAAGCCGGCGGCGAAGUAGCACGCCAGCUGAAGAAAAAUGAUUGUAGCUUUAGACAGCAGCUAGAUGAGCUGGAGGAGCAUUUGUAUCUGUGUUUCAUGACUAUAAACCGGGCUAGAAAUCUUGUAGUGAAGGAGAUUCUAGAUCCCGGUCAGACCACCAAUUCACAUACCACAUUAGCAAUGUAGUAACUAGUAACUAUAAAAAAUAGUCACCAAUUGUAAUUAAUUUUACACUUCAAGCAGCUAGAGAUUGCUUACAAAUAGUAUCCAUAACCUGUUGUCUUUCAUACA